AUGAAGCAGGAAGAAAGCGAAUUUUUCACCGAUGGACUUCUCUAUCACUGUAACAAUCUUGGCCAAUCAUCUCACGAGAGCAUAGACUCAGGAUGCUGUGAAGCUGAAACCCUGAAUAGUGGUUGUCAGAAGCAACCAUUCAGCACUUUCAAACGUGUUCCAGCGGCUACUCAUCCCCAUAAAAUCCCGUCUCAGAAUCAUAUCUCUUACCCGGCUUCUAAUCGCAUCACACCCACUAAACAACGUGGGCCUACUAAGAAGGAAGAAAAUAAUACCUCAAAUACUAACAAAGAAAGCGUUCAGAAUGAAUCCGGUGGACCUUCCUAUAAAUAUCUCACAUGGAGAGAAAAGGAUCGUCGUAGAAGAUUUCGGGAAGAAUGGAAGCACCUAUGGCUUGUUGUUCCUCAUGGCAUGUACGAGGUUAUGUGCUUGGUGUGCAAGAAGAUAAUGACUCAACGAAAACUGGAUACGAUCAAGCGUCACACGAUUCGGCGGCAUGCAGAGCUCUUAUCAAUGUCAGAUAGCGAGAGACAACGGCUGUAUAAUGAAUUGGUUGCUCACUAUUUCCGACGUGGUGGUGACCUGUGCUCUGAAAGCGAACCAUUCUCAGCUAACAGCGUUCAAAAAUUGCGACCUAUUGGUCCUAGAGCUGAAAUCAGGAGAAAUCAGAGAUUACCAACAGAUAUUCCUCCAUCGGCAUUCCGAUCUCGUGUCGUAGGUCCGAGUAGAUGCGAGAAUGAAAAGGCAUCCUUUAUGAAUCCACACGCUUCUUCUGAACAAGUGGCCGAUCCUUGCAAGCCAGCGAUGCCUCCAGUUCCACCAGUAAAUAUGAAAAUGUUUGAGAACCUACUUUCUAAUGAACAAAAUCAUUCGGCCUUUUCGAAGUAUCUCAUGGGAUUCCAACCUAAUCAAUUUCUUCCACGAGGAAAGUUUGAUCCAACAGCGAGUCCGAUUGCCCGACGGAAUCCUUUGUCUCACACAUAUGGAAUGGGUACAACGCACGCUUUCCACGCUUUCAGAAAACAAAUUUCUACUCCACUUCAACGACUCCUUCCAGAAGCUUACUCUGAUUCUCUAAAUAAUAGGGCACCUUUGGAUAUGACUACAUCGAAUGCAACGUCUCCUGUUCAAGUAACUCCCGACGACCUUUCCAUACCGAGAUAUCCUACCGCGAAUUCAGAACCUGGAGCCUCUCUAUCAGAACGGUUGAUGCGGUUGAUGAAUACAUGGGAUUCAGCUGCAGUGAAUUCCAAAUCAUUGCCUUCUUUUCCCCUUCCACCACCGCUACCAACAUCUAUUCCACUUUUACCUUCUCUUCUGUCCCCACAAUUUGACGGAACAACACUGAUGCUCAAUCGCUAA